UCGUCCCGCUCGGUCGCUACGUAGCGACCGAGCUCGGCUCGGACUUGGUUGCUUCGUAGUGACCGGACAACGUGUAUGUGCGGUAGUUACGCACUUGGUUCGUUUGCCUUGAGCCUUUCAAGAUACUUUUUCGUAAAAACGAAAAUUGCAUUUUUCUUUUUACUAUCUUUUUCGGAAAUACAAUUUCCGAGGAUUUUCGGGUUUUAAUUCCGUCGUGGCCGUUUUUAACCCCAACAACUACAUUUUGCUAUCGAAGUCGGAGAAGCAAUCAGUGUGCAGACAUGUUAGCACAAAGACUGCUAUUCAAUCUCCUCUUCAAAUUUUGUAUCUUACUCAUGUCCUGAGUUUCUUAAACAGCUUGUAAUACUAGCUUAUAAUUAAAUAAAAACUUUGGCAGGUAAAAAAACUCAAUGGUCGUCCAUAGUUAUAUAAAAACUUUGGUACACAUGAAGAAGCAAGAAAAACAAACUUAAUGAGGGUCGACGCAAAAUUAAAAACUUUGUGCACAUAAAGAAGUAAGAAAAAAAAAACUUAAUGGACGUCGAUGCAAAGUUAAAAACGUUGUGCACAUAAAGAAGUAAGAAAAACAUCUAAUUAUCCUAUUUGCUUAAUUGGAUUCGGAUACGGGCUUGGGUGGGUUAAACUUUUAAAAAUUUGACUGGGCACCAAAUUUUGAGUAAUCUAAUAACACCCCAAAUGAUUGAAUUCGACAUAUUUUUAGGAGUUGACUUGAUGUCGUUGUUGACAUAUUUUAAUAGUUUGAACGGUUUUUUUUUUUAACAUAAUAGUUUGACUGGUUUUCGAUACACUAUCCAUUAGUGUUCAGUGUACCUACGAAACUUUUUUCCAAAAAACAAACGUAAUGGAUGUCGUGUGCACAUAAAAAGUAAGAAAAAAACCAAAAUAAAAGGACGUCGAUAAAAAUUAAAUAGUUUGUGAACAAACAAAAAAACAAGAAAAAAACGAACUAAUAUAAUGGACAUCGAUGGUUACAUAAAAACGUGAACUUUGUGCCCAUGAAGAAGUUAAUGGGUCCUUUUGUCAGAGAAAUAAAAGAAGAAGUCAGAAAUAAAACAAAACAAAAUAUAAUGAGAAAUGAGUCCUAUAUAUAUAUAGAUGCAUUACAUCACUUUCCAUUAAUUGAACAACUCUUCCAUCCCUCUUAAAUCCAACAUCAGAUGACGCCCUUCUAUCCAUGUCAGGACCCUCAAGUUUUCAUAAAUUAUCGGGGACAGGAGCUCCGUUACAGGUUCGUCAGCCACCUAGUUGCUGCCUUUGAGAGGGACGAGAUCAACUUCUUCAUAGACAAGAACGAGCUCAGAGGCACAGACCUAAAAAAUAUUUUUGUGAGGAUCCAAGAGUCAAGGAUUGCACUGGUCAUCUUCUCUAAUAGGUAUGCGGAGUCGUCGUGGUGCAUGAAUGAGUUGGCGAAGAUCAAAGAACUUGCGGAUAAAGAAAAGCUCCACGUUGUACCAAUCUUUUACAAGCUGAAGGUAGGUGAUGUGAGAGGACAGACAGGUAAGUUCGGUACGAAAUUCUGGAACCUUGCGAGAGUUUCUACUGGAGAUCAGAUCAAGACAUGGAAGGAAGCCUUAGAGUGUAUCUCUGACAAGAUGGGCCUGUCGCUUGAAGACCAGAGAUAUUUUUCCACUCAUAAUUCAGUCCUAUUUUUUUUGAACACCAAUUCAGUCCUAUAUUCCUAAUUAAAACCACCGGGAAAUUACUUUGUUAAAUUUUUAAUGUGAGGAUAUUUUGUGAGUAAAGAUGUAAUUUUUUUUUUGGCAGCUCCGAAGCUGAUUUUGUCAAGGAAAUUGUUACGGAGGUUAGGAGAGUUGUAGCAGCAAUGGGACUCGAGGAAGGAAGACAUCAUAAUGUCAACCAUUCUGGGAAUAAAAAGAGAAAGGCUGGGAAUUUCAAUUUUGACAGAAAGCUUUUUAUCUAUGAUAUAUACUCCUUUAGUUUCAAAUAAAAUGUUUUUGUAACAUAAAAUUUUUGUUGUAAAAUAAAUGUCAUUUUAUGAAUUUAAUACAGUUUUUUUCUAAUAAUUUGUUUCUUUAUCCCCUAAUUAAGUCAAGGUAAACAAUAAAUGUUAUAAAAUUUUAAUAGUCAACAAAGAUAAAACUGAACAUUUAACUAAUUUCUUAAUUUGUGUGAAAAACUCUAAAACAACAUUUGAUUUGAAAUGGAGGGAGUAGUAUAUACCCUUUUGUCGAAAAUAUGUAGUUUUAUUGAAACUAUGCCCUUUUUCUAUAUACACCUAAUUUCUUGAGAAUUAAAAUAUCUUGCUUUCAAAGAUUUACUAAGUUUAGCAUUCCCGUGACAAGCCGAUCAUUGCAUCCUCUCUAUCAGUCACUGUCAGGAAGCAGAGCACAACGACAUCCUCACCAGAUGGAACAGUUUCUGUAACAUUGGUCAUGACUAAGGUGGAUGCAAAGUGAUCUGAUUUUAAGUCAUGCUCUGUUAUGUUCAAGUAUAAGAAGCCAUACUCUGUUUUUGCCCAGAUCUGUUUUUCUUUUAAAAACAUCGCAAGUAUUUCUUUCUUUUGUUAAUUAGUUAAUCAAUAUCACAUUUCAACAGAACAAAUAACAAAAUAAUUCGUUCAAUUUAGCUGUGUAAGCUCUCUAAUUGAAUCAUAGACAUGAGAUAAAACAUCUCUUCGCGGAUAGAAGUAAUGGUGUCGAAUAUCUUCUCAAUCACCUAGAAUUUCGUAGGCCACAGAAAUUUCCAGUGAACAGUUCUUAUUGACCAACAACCAAUACAUUUUAUCUAUAGGAUACGUUUAUAAUACGAGAUUAUUUGUAAAUAAGGAAGUAAUGUUGCGCCUUGGAGAGUUAACUCGCUACAAGAUCAAGUGAAUUAGCUAACUAGAAAUUACCGGUUAGUUUCUCUUAAAUUGGUAAAACGUAAAAACAGAAAGGAAUGAAAAUGAAUGACUAAUAGUAUAUUGAUUAGUGGUGACUAUAGUCUAUGUUGAACGACGCACGAGCGAUAAACUUUUGCAAAGAAGGAAACUUUUGACUCACGUGAUGGAAGUGGGUGGAUAGCCGGAAAUCGAAAGUUUGAGUAGAUAAGACUGAUUUUCGUGUACACAUGCAAAUUCAUGCAUGCAUAAGUCCACUGUCGAGGAACCUAGGGUGAGCGCCGCCAUCCCAAAGAGAGAGAGAGAGAAAAAGUUUUCUCUCGAGGGUCUCUCCCCCAAUCUUCUCUAACCCUAGCGCCGCCAUCAGAUCUUGAUUCCGCUCCGGUGCUCGGGGGCUCCGGCCUUCGUCCGGCGCUCACGUUAGCCCCGACGCCGGAGGCUCCUCUCCUCUUCUUUCUCCUCGUUUUCCUUUUGCUCCUCCGCUGCUCUCGUCUUCCCUAUCGCCUUGCUUGUUUCUCUGUGUUUGAAGCUUUCCUGGAGGCACCUUCGCUCGAGAGAAGCUCUGUGUCUGGUGUGAGUCCUUUAGUCAUGGAUCUACGGCGCGAUGGGUUCUGGCGGCACUGUCGGAGGAGUCGGCGUUUUAGGGUUUUGGAGGCGGUCCCUUAAGCCGCUUCUAGAGUUUGGCUGCGCGUGGAGGCGUGAGCCGGGCCUCUGUUCAGAUCUGAUCUCCGGUUUCCUAGAUCUGAGGUCUUUCGGUCUGUAAUGUUGCGGCGAAGGCUGCGGUUCGAUUACCCUUUCCUCGGUGUCCUGGUAAAGGUGAGCUCUGUUUGUCUUCGCCAAUGGGGUAUCGGAGCUCCCUCUAGCUCGGUUGCGAGCUUAACCGAAGGCGGUGGUGUGUAACUCUUCUUAAGGUGGUGGCUCGUGGUAAGUCCAGAGGCGUGGUGUUGGUGUUGGUCGUCUAUGGUCACUCCAAGACGUCGCUGCGACCUCCCUCCUUUUCGGCUUGUUCUCUUCCCGGCUCGUGGUUCAGAACCGAUCUUUGAAGCUUUGUCGACCGGUUUCUUUGGUCUUUGCUCGUGUGCUUUUUGGUUCGAUUGCUCCGUUGUCACCGGUCGCAAUCUGUGACAUUGUAAGCUUACCGGUCUUAGGUUUUCUAAGACGGCGUUUGGCGAUGAUGCUCAAGGCUCCGUGUGGUCUGCGGGUCUUCUUGGUAUCGUCGGUGGCUCCAUCCGGUGUUGCGCACAUCCCAGUGCUGUGGCUUCCCCUUGGUUGCUCAUGGUAGUGUCGGUAGCACUAAUGCUUCUUGCAGGUCUUCGAGCAGUUCAGGUUCUCGUGCAGCGGUCAACUUGUUCCCGACUUCUUGCUUACCGAUCUUGGUUUGGAGGUCAUCGUGUCUCUAAGCCAUUGGCCGGUCGAGGCGCUUUUGAAGAUUGUAUAGAGGGACUUAGAGCAAUUUUCAAUGGUAUGUGUUCUAUCUCCCUUCUUCAUCUGUGUCUGUGCGUAUUGACGGUGACGGUUAUAAGAUCUCGAAAAGUUCAUCGAGAGCUAGCUACCCCGUAGACGUCACGGAAAUUCCCGGCAUCCGAGGCAACGAGGUGAACCUCACGUUCCCGUGGUCAACGUCGAAGGGGAGAACAGCUUUAGAUUCCUAAGGAUUUUAAAAUCAACUUAGCGGAAUGUGCCGGGUUUAGUGGGCGGGCGAAGCUCGGUUGUAAUACAUUGAUUUAGGAGCUUUUGUUCUGAUCGAACUUGUAACCUGAACUGAUUGUCCGGUUUACCGGAAGAUUUUAAUAUAAGUAAUUAAAAAAAAAAAA